CUUCAGGCUUCAACGCUAAAAUCUUCAUCCCCCGUGGCUCAGCCGCCUUGAAGCACUCCAGCGGUAGUAUUAUAAUCUUCUCCGUCCAGUUUUCAGCUCCGAUGGAAUGUUGCAUUCCUCACCGUCACCACCAUUUUUCAACCAAACUCUGUUUCUCAUUUUCUUCUCUCUGCGCAUCAAAAUCCUUUAUUGCUCCUCCUAAGAGGCCCUCAACGGCGCGGACAUUUCCACUUCGCGCCCUUAUUUCUAAUACUAGAAGCAGUAGUGCCAGUACCAGUAGCUUCACUUGGGACGACGUCGUCCGAGUCUCUCAACCUGAUCAUGUUCCUCACGAUUCCUCAGAUCUCUCUGGCUUUUUCGAAAAGAUCGAAGUCUGCAAUCGCGGCUCUGAAAGGCAAUCUGAGUUUAUUCGAUUCAUUAUCGAAGAUCAAAUUGUUGGUUAUAUACAUAACGGUUUUGUUGAUCGGUUGAGGACGUUCAAGGAUGUUUUUGUUUUCCCUCGAAGUAAUUCCGAUGGAGGUCGCUUUCAGAGCUAUGUAACGUUACAUGAAAUGCUAAAGACGCCGGAGGAUAGAACUAGAGUUGUUGGAGAAGUUAUCAAAUGUUUAGGAGAAGAAGAACUGAUUCCAGGUAUACGAAAUGAGCUGUAUCCUGUGGUAUCAUCGUUUGGUUCUCCUGUCUACUUUUCGUUGGAACGUGCUGCAGCUCCUUAUUUUGGAAUAAAGGCCUAUGGAGUUCACAUGAAUGGAUUUGUUGAAAAAGAUGGGGAGAAAUUUCUAUGGAUUGGAAAGAGAAGCGAAGUGAAACCCACGUUUCCAGGGAUGCUUGAUCACCUUGUUGCUGGAGGACUGCCUUAUGGGAUCUCUUGUGGAGAGAAUGUUAUGAAGGAAUGUGAAGAGGAGGCAGGAAUACCUCAAUCCAUUUCACACAAAGCUGUACCAAUUGGUGCUGUUUCUUAUGCGGACAUUGAAGGUUAUAGAUACAAGAGAGAUUUUCUAUUUUGUUAUGAUUUGAAACUUCCUGAUAGUUUUCUACCUAAUAAUCAAGAUGGAGAAGUGGAGAGUUUCAAGUUGAUCCCUGUGAAAAAUGUUGCAAAUAUUAUUCGGAGGACACAUUUUUUCAAGCCAAACUGCUCCCUUGUCAUUAUUGAUUUCCUGUUUCGGCAUGGGUAUAUCAGUCCUGAAUGCUUCGGAUACUUGGAUCUAUUGCAAAGUUUGAGGAGUGGAGAUUGCUCCUAGAUUUUUUGGGUGGAAAUUACCCUUGGACAAGUGACAUUCUUUCCUUGUAAUUUGUUCUUAUCAGAACCUUAUGUAUUACUAGCAAAGCAAUUACUAAUUUUGCAUUUUGAAAAUGGUGAGUGAAGCCUGUACUCACGUGAUAGUGGAUUAAAGAUGCAAGCCAAUUCUUACCGAAGAAUAUAGUGGAUCCCACAUGUUACAAAGAAUAUAGUGGAUUGAAGAUGCAAGCCAAUUGUUACUGAAGAAGCCUGGGAUCAUCUUUCCUUAUAUUUUUCUUGCUACAUUUGGUAGACAGUAGUGCAAUAUGAUGUAAUCAAAUUUUCUAUUGAGAUUCAAUAAAAAGGUUAAUUACAUUA